AUGGAGGACUUGUUGAUAUUAUCAAAAAAAUUGGCAUUGUCCCAAGGCCCACAACUGAUUGCAAUGGCACGUGAUAGCGAUGGCUAUGUCUAUGUCUACAAUGAUGGAGAUUUCAGCACUGGCAGCAUCUCUUUUCAGGCCACUGGAUCUCCCUUUGCUCUUGAUGCUUGGACAGGCGAGGAAACCCCGAUUACCGAAUACUCCGUGAGCCAGGGAAGGACAAACAUCUCUUUCUCUCUGAAAAGCACCGAAACACGCAUUGUUAAGUUUUCAGCAUCGAGAAAGAGCGCUAACAAUGAAUCACACGUCAUCUGGAGCUCCGACUCUGUGUUGGGUUACUAUGUUGACUCCGGCAAGGUGUGGGCCAAGGCUGCGGCCAGUGACUCGGCCACGAGUGUCAAGUUAUCGUCUGGAAAGACAGUAACUCUUGACCAACAAGGGCAGUCGCAGAUCAGUCUUGGUAACUGGUCCGUUGUCCUCGAGCAGUGGUUGCCCCCAGACAAUCUCUACGACGUGGAGACAGUGGCAAACAAGAAGAACGUAUCUUUGUCAGUUUCUGGCUUUAGUCUUUCCUCGUGGAAGGAUCUCGGAUAUCAAAAUUCGUCCGGCGUUGCGUAA